UAAUGCACCGGCGUAUCCCGGUGGUUGCCUAGUAACGCGCUGGCAGUGGGCGCCGUAGAGAGAUCUCUAUGGUGGGCGCUCCAUUAAAACCGUUGGCGCUCCUGACCUUGGCGUCGUGAAUGCGCAAAGCACACAGACUGUGCGAAGCAGGAGAUAAGAGUGAAGAUCUGCGCGUUUGAUACCGAAACCGGAGAAAUAUUCCACUCACACUCACACUCACACACACGCACGAAACAUAUUGUUUUAUGUAACUGACGGGCAUAGUAUGGAGGAAAUCUCGAGAUGGAGCGCGUCUUAGCUUGUGAAUAAGCAGAUCUGUGUUCCCUGCAAUGAAAGCUGGAAGUGGGGGCGCUCGAUACCUGGUUGAGGUGUAUUCGGAUUUUAUAACUGUCAGAUCUAAAGGCGCAGUGAGUGAUGUCUGGUUGACAGGGUCAGUGCAGAGGGACUGAAUAGACACUAAAGUGUGCAUUUGUGUUGUGCAAGGGCACCAUCUUGCCCAGACCAUGUGGCUGGCUACAUUUAGAGACCAUCUGUUGCCUCCACACCUGCUACAUCGGCAAGGGACUGUAACCAUCACCCAUUGUGCUCUUCUUUGGUGGAUAUUAUGUUCCUGCUGGUCACUGACCAGGGCAACGAGCCAGAAAUUCUACCCAACUGUGACCACCCAGUAUGGGAAACUGCGCGGCCUCAGGGUUCCAGUGCCCAGUGAGGUCCUCAGGCCAGUAGAUCAGUAUCUCGGGGUCCCGUAUGCUGCCCCACCUCUGGGCGAGAAGCGUUUCAUGCCCCCUGAUCAGCCCUCCUCCUGGUCAGGUAUCAAGAACGCUACCCACUUCAUGCCCGUCUGCCCUCAGAACAUCCACAACACUGUGCCAGAGAUUAUGAUGCCAAUAUGGUUCACCUAUAACCUGGACACAGUGGCCACAUACAUUCAGGAUCAGAGCGAGGACUGCCUGUAUCUAAACAUCUACGCUCCAACAGAUGAUGGGAGCCAACACAAGAAAAAAGGGGCGGCUGAGAUACAUAUAUCUGAAGAUAUAAGGGACUCCGAAGCGCGGCCCGUGAUGGUCUACAUCCAUGGAGGCUCCUACAUGGAGGGCACCGGCAACAUGAUGGACGGCAGCGUUUUGGCCAGUUAUGGAAAUGUUGUCGUCGUCACGCUCAACUACAGAAUUGGAAUACUAGGCUUCCUCAGUACCGGUGACCAGGCAGCAAAAGGAAACUACGGACUCCUGGACCAGAUUCAAGCCCUACGCUGGAUAAGUAAAAAUAUCGGGUACUUUGGAGGAGACCCCAGUCGCAUCACGGUUUUUGGAUCUGGAAUUGGUGCUUCCUGCGUCAGUUUGCUGACUCUAUCCCACCACUCAGAGGGUCUGUUCCACAGAGCCAUCAUCCAGAGUGGUUCAGCGCUGUCCAGCUGGGCUGUCAACUACCAGCCAGUCAAGUACACUCGCAUGCUUGCUGAGAGGGUUGGCUGCAAUGUGUUGGACACAGUAGACAUGGUGUCCUGCCUGCAGAAGAAAAGUGCUAAAGAGCUGGUUGAGCAAGACAUCCAGGCUGCCCGUUACCGUGUGGCUUUUGGCCCUGUCAUUGAUGGCGAUGUCAUCCCAGAUGACCCAGAGAUCCUGAUGGAGCAGGGCGAGUUCCUUAACUAUGAUAUAAUGCUGGGUGUUAAUCAGGGAGAGGGCCUGCGCUUUGUGGAGAAUGUGAUGGACCUGGAAGACGGUGUGUCUGGCAGCGACUUUGACUUUGCUGUGUCCGACUUUGUGGACAGUCUGUAUGGCUACCCAGAAGGAAAAGACACACUGAGGGAGACAAUCAAAUUCAUGUACACAGACUGGGCUGACAAGGACAACCCAGAGACUAGGAGGAAGACCCUGGUGGCCCUCUUCACUGACCACCAGUGGGUGGAGCCGUCAGUGGUAACGGCUGACCUACACGCCCGCUACGGCUCGCCCACCUACUUCUACGCCUUCUACCACCACUGCCAGAGCCUUAUGAAGCCAGUGUGGUCAGAUUCAGCGCAUGGAGAUGAGGUGCCUUAUGUAUUUGGCAUCCCCAUGGUGGGCCCAACUGAUCUCUUCCCCUGUAAUUUCUCCAGGAAUGAUAUCAUGCUCAGCGCUGUGGUUAUGACUUAUUGGACCAACUUCGCGAAAAGUGGGGAUCCUAACAAGCCAGUGCCACAGGACACCAAGUUCAUCCACACCAAGGCCAACCGCUUUGAGGAGGUAGCCUGGUCCAAGUAUGACCCCUAUGACCAGCUGUACUUGCACAUUGGCCUGAAGCCUCGUAUCCGUGACCAUUACCGUGCAACCAAAGUAGCCUUCUGGAAACACCUGGUGCCCCAUCUCUACAACCUCCAUGACAUGUUCCAUUACUCCUCCACCACCACCAAGGUCACACCACUGGAUCCCACCCAGUCAAAUGGCAAGAGGUCUGGGGGCACUGGACGCCCCCCUUUAUCCACUGCCCACAGUAGCGGAGAAGGAGGGAGAGAGAUGGGUCCUCUGAUCAUGCCAAACCCGAGAGAUUACUCCACAGAGCUCAGUGUCACUAUUGCUGUCGGGGCAUCACUGCUGUUCCUCAACGUUCUGGCCUUUGCUGCUCUGUACUACCGCAAGGACAAGCGCAGCCGCCAGGACACUUCACAGCAGCCCAGUCCGCAGCGUGAAAGCAAAGGCAACAAUGCAAGCCACACCACAACAGUAGACGAGACCUUGUCAUCCCAGCAAAGGAACCAGUGCGAAGCCCUUCACAAUCCUCUCCAUGUCUCGCCCAGUUUGGACUAUACGCUCAGUCAGCGCCGCUCCCCUGACGACAUCCCUCUAAUGACCCCCAACAACAUCACCAUGAUCCCCAACUCCCUAAUGGGCCUUUCCAACAUGAGUCCAUACAGCACCUUUCCCGCUGGCUACAGCUCUGCAGGCCUGCCCAGCACCCACUCUACCACAAGGGUAUAACCUGGCAGCCAGACAGAGAUGAGAAAUGUGACAUAGAUGAAAAAUGGAAAUGUAAAGCUGUAUUUAGGAUGUGUAGGUAAAAUAGGAUUUAAUAUGUAUGUUCUGUCUUUUUCCAAAGGUGUACAACCGCCAACAUCCUGCCUUUGCUUUCUCAUAAUAGGAAGUCUAACUGCAGAGUCAUUUUAUAAUAAUCAUUUUCAAAGGCAGUCAAAAAGAAAAAGUGCAUUUCAUUUUCCACUUUGGCUUUUUUGGAACUUUACCUAGCAAGAACUUAGUAUAAUGUUUGUACAGUUGGAUUUGUAUGGGAAGUUUUUCUUACUCUGUGAUAUCUAUUUUGAUCUCGUGGAACAAAGUGACAUUACAACUCAUGGUGGACAAAGAUGAGAUCUGGGAGAAGCAUAAAAGCAGUAUUAUUAUUACUAUUAUCAAGCUAUUUUAUACAUAUUUCUCAUGGUACAUUGCUUAUUAUGAAAAUGUAUUUUUACUGUAAUUACUUUAAAAUGCCUUGUACAGCACAUCGCUUACAUGAGGAAUUACUGUGGAGUCAUGCCAACAAUGGAUUGAAGUUUUACUGGUCACAUGUGUUAAAACUGUCCAAUUUACCCAAAAUGUUUCUAUCUGGUAGUGCAAAUUAUAGCACUGUGUGUGUGUGUGUGUGUGUGUGUGUGUGUGUGUGUGUGUGUGUGUGUGUGUGUGUGUGUGUGUGUGUGUGUGUGUGCGUAUGUGUGUGAGUGUGGCUUGGUUUGUGAGAGUGUGGUGCGAGUGUGUGGCUGACAGCUGCAGUACAAAAAUGUAAAUUAGGCACUGGUUGAAAUUAACCAUUGGGUUUUGCAUAUGUAGUAUUGUGUAAUUUAUUGUAGUCUAUUUGAGUAACCUUGCUAUAUUAUUGUUUUAUGUGCUUUUCCAUUUUUGCUUAGUACAUCGUAGCAAUAGAUCUUCUGCUUCACUAUUAAGAGAAAAUUGCUUAAGAUGUGUUUUUCCUACUCUAACCAAACUCAUGGUUCUUUUGGCUUGGCUUGUUUGUACAGAAUAAACUUAGACCAACAUUUUAUUUGUCGUUUGUUUAUGAAAAGCCUACUGUAAGGUCUUCAGAGAGAUGACUGUAAUUACAUUGUAACUGUAUGUAUACCAAUUCAGUUAUUCACAUUUAAAAAGCAGUUUUAUGAACCUUGCAGAAUAUUGCUCCCUCUCCAAGUGGUUUGGACCCCUUGUCAAGCUAAACCCAGGGGUCAUUCUGUACUGAAUGGACACGAUGGACCUCAAGCUUUGCGAUUUGAGUUCUUUGAACCUAUAAAAUUGUUUACUGGUAAUCUAAAUGAGAUGGCUAUUAAAAGAUUUUUGGAACUAAA